CGCAAGACUACACACGGUCGGUUUUAUCAACAAUACUAAGUUUUCAUCUGUGUGUAUUAUUAUAAUGUCUUCUAACACGUCGCGUAUACAGCUACACCAUAACACCAGGACAUUUAAAAAUUAUUUGGUAUGAACUCGAUCAUUUCCACUACCAUACCUGGAAGUGUGAUUUGAAUUGUAUAGACGCAUGUUGAAUUUUCUGUGGGGCAGUUAGAGAGCUGUUGCUACCCGAGGACAUUCCCAGGAAAAUUCCCGCGGAUCAUCCAACAGGAUGCUGCCAAAUUUGGGGACAUGCUGUUGACUGUAUAUGUUUAUAGGAAAUACCAGUCAUAAUACCUCAUUACUGGGUCUCUGUGGGAACAACUGCCUUUCAUUGACGACAUUUACAAGGAUUUCAAAUGUCACACCACAGAAAAAAAUAUUUGUGAACUGAUAAAGGAAUGUAUUUAUGAUACGAGGAAAAAGUGAAUGUGGACAGCACAGAGUGAAGAAGAAAGCUUGCAUACUAAAUGCUAACUGUGACAAGCUUUUUAGAGACAAAGACUUAAUGCACUGGGGGAUAGAGAGAUGUGUAUUGGGUGAUUGUGAACUGUCGUCUGCUGGAAUUUCGAAAGAUCAAUUGUUGGACAUCACAGCAAGUCCUUAUAUCUGCAUGCCAGUGAAUGUACAGCAUUUUCUCGUGCCACAUUUGUAAAUAAGAUGGGCAGUUCUCUCUUUACGAAGAAAACAAUAACGGUGCUAACACGACUAGUAGGUGAUUGGAAGAAAUAGAGACCCUGGGAUGACUGCAUGAUCAAUGUUUGUCUUGCGUGGCUGAGACAAGACUCUCUUGGUAACAAUGGAGGAUCCACAGUUAGCUCUGAGUGGAAUUCCACUGAAUAUUAUGUCUUCUAAUACACGAAAGAAAUACACGGAUGCGAUUACAAAACAGAAUACAAUAGCAGAAACAGCUAUACAGUCUUUGGAUUCUCUAAAUGACCAAAUUGUACAGUUCAUCUUCACACCAUCCAAUGGACAGACUUUCGAUUUCGACAAGGACCUCUUGCCAGAUGAACAAGAGACACUGAAGUCGUCGAUGGUGUUGAUUCGGCGGCUUCUUCAAGACGCACAAAGCAAGUUUCGUAAAAUGGUAGAAGAUAAUAAACAGUUGGCAGCUAGAAUCGAUGGAUCUAUACACGCAGCAAACCAGGAAGUGAAUGCCCUGCGGACAGAACUAGUGGACACAAAUAAACGAUUGUCCGAGAUUGGAACGGGCAUCGAAAAACGGGACUGUGGGGUGCAAUGUGACAAUGAAAACACACCGCGGCACAAAGCUGAUGAGGAAAAUGAGCUGAAGCAACUAAGGGAAGAGAACUCUCGACUUGAGUCACGCCUAGCCACACUGGAACAGGAUGACCUCAAAGAUAUCGCCACAGAAACCACCAAGGUUGGAGAAAUGAAGCUUGACCUCAUUCAGACCAAACAGGAGCUCAACAGGGCCAAAGAGGCAUUACAAGCAAUGAAGGGUGAUCGAAAGCGUCUGAAGGCAGAAAAACUUGAGCUUCUCAACCAGAUGCGUCAGUUGUACACAACUCUGGAGGAUAAAGAAACCGAGCUUCGAGAUUUUAUACGUAACUACGAGACUCGUAUGAGGGAGAGUGAUGACACCAUCAAACAGCUUGCCACAGAACGCGAGGACUGUGAACAUGAACGGUGGGAUUUAAUGAAACAAGUCCGGGACGGACAGGAACGCACCUUCAUACUUCGGACUCAACUUGAGACAAAAGACGCACAGAUCAAGAAAUUGGAAGUAGAAUUGCUGGAGGCAAAAGAACAGCAGGUAUGUGGUCAAAAACUUCGAAACAGCAUGAACCAAUCUCCGAACAGUGUCGGAGGAACAACGACCAACAGUGAAGAAUUACCUCCUUACGAGACACCGCCUCCUUCAGCAAACUUCAAUUCCAAAAACAGUAGCAUGGAAGCGCUUCCUGUUACUCCAAACAACAAGACGAGGGAGAGAAGUAAUUCCCUCACACCUUUGUUGGACAGUUCCGAUUUCAGCCCUUCUAGUCAAGACGUAACAGAAAGUCCUGCAGACCCGAAAAAGAAAAAACGAAUCAGCCUCAAUUCAAUAUCCCGCGUAUUUUCCCGAGGGCGGGUUCGACGGUCAAUAGCACUACCCACAGACGCAGACAUGGACGACAUUCCACCCAACUCAAGAUUGACUUUGCUAAACCCAGACAAUUAUCAAGAAAAACUACAGAUUGUCGAGCAGUCAAAAGGUUGUCACAUGACUUUAUGGAAGGCCAAUCAAGUGUUAGCAUGGCUGGAGAUUGUUCUAAACAUGCCUAUGUAUGGGAAAAUGUGCACAGCUAACAUUAAGAGUGGGAAGGUUCUGCUUGGUCUCAGUGAUUCGGAAUUAGGAUCAGCUCUCGCAAUUUCCAACCCUAUGCACAGAAAGAAGAUUCGGAUUGCGAUAGAAGAGGCACGGAGUCCUGCAGACAUAGCAUUCCCGAAGUCCUGCCUGCUUGACCAUACAUGGGUAGCACAUCGCUGGAUGUCUGAUCUGGGUUUACCGCAGUAUAUACAGUCAACAGAGACCAAUUUAAUCGAUGGACGCAUGCUUAAUAUUCUCUCUAAAAAAGAGAUGGAAAAAUACUUGGGUAUCCAUCGAAAAUUCCACCAGGCCAGCAUAUUACAUGGCGUCGAAUUACUACGCAGACUCAAUUUCGACAAAGAAAUAUUGGCUGACCGGAGGUCAAAGUGCGACAGCACAGACACAGAUCCUCUGGUCUGGACCAACCAAAGAGUCAUCAAGUGGGUCCAAAACAUUGAUUUGGAGGAAUACGCUCAGAAUUUGAAGGAAAGUGGUGUACAUGGGGCCUUGAUGGUGUUGGAGCCUCAGUUUACAUCAGAUACACUCGCUACAGCCCUGGGUAUACCUCCUUCCAAAUCGUACAUUCGGCGACAUCUCAAGACAGAACUCGAGUCUCUAGUCAAACCUGCCAGAAAUUCCAUAAAUGUUGUAAAUGGUAACAACAACAAAAACCUGACCCGGAACUCCACACUAACUAGGUCCUAUAGGAGCUCCUCCAUAACGGAAACUACGGGGCCAAAAACCAAGCUUAGCUUCCGGGGAUCUCUUGGCAGGGCCUUCGGAAGGAAAGUCCGAGAAGACAUGAAAAGUUUCUCAUUUGAAGAGGAAACACCGAAGAGGAAAAUCUCGGCCCCAAUGAACUUUCAGCACAAUUCCUUACAAUCAGUAUUUGAAGUUGAGAAAGGGAAAAUAAAUUCCUAGCAUUUAUAGAGAAUUUGUAGAUUUUCAGUUUAUAAUUCCUAGUUCUCAAAACCCAGCGGAAAAGUGCAAUUUUUUUUUUGUGUGAAUAAAUGUUUUGGAAUCAAGACAUACAAGGAUCUUCAUAUCAGAUUUUGGAUGUUGAGAGAUAUCCUGGAUCCUGCAGUUUUUACUGUAGAAGUGACAAUGUACUUUUUAAUGUGUUGGGGUAUUUUAGGUUUGGAUGACGCAUCUGUGAUGUUUUCUUAAAGAAUUUUAAUUCAUCAAUGCUAUAUAAGAAUGCCUAUUUUAAGAACAAUAAUUUGAUUUGACAUUUUAGAUGAAAUUCUGUUUUAAUAAAAAGAAAUAUUGAUUUUCUUUUAUAUGGUAAGCAAGAGGCAACUAUUAUCAUAUCACUGGGGUACAUAUAUUUGCAUAAUGGCCAUUUAUUUUUCAGAAAACAGUAUUUAAAGGGGUAAAACAUAUUUGCAUAAUAUAUUACACAUACAUUUAAAAAUGAUAUUUACACCAAAUGCUUUAAGUGCUUGGGUUAUAAUGUAUCCAUUUAAGCAUAUAAGACUCAUUGUGAUACAUAAGAAUGUAACAAACAGCAAUCUCAUUUAUUUAAAUAUGUUAUUAAUAUUUAUUAUACUUGAAAAAAUAUUUGAGCCUGUGAAUUAAAAUUUUCCUUUCCGUCAUUAUUUGUUCUGCAAAAAGUCAGUAUUUUCUUGACUUUUUAAAUUAAAGUCUACUUUGGUUUUUAAUGAAGUUAUAUAACAUUCACUUGGUACUCUUUAAGAUUGAUUUUGAUAUUUAAGUCAAUUUGAUGAACAAAUUUUGGUUAGAAUAUAUAUGAAAGUAUUAUUUUCAUAUUGCAAUCUCUUGCUUUAUAUGACAUUUUUGGUUACGUUAAAAUUGAAUUUGCUCAAAUUUUAUCCAUGACAGUGAACAUCAUGUGUGAGCAAGGAAUUUUAUUAACAAUGUCACAAUUCUCAAUAAAAUUUCAGAAAUACAUGUAGGUCUUAAAAAAAAAGAAUAAGAAUUUCAUGUCAAUCUUUUGUGUAAUUGUUGAAGCUGAAACAAAACUCUAGCAUUCUAAUGGAAAGUCUUAUUGUCAUAUUUGAAUGCAGUCAUGGAUAUUUAAAUACUAUCAUAAAUAUUUAGAUAAUUAUAAUUAUCUAGAUAAAGUAACGAAUAUUAAAAUUCAGUUAUGAGUAUUUAUAUGUAAUUAUCAAUUUUAAGAAUCAAAGGAAUCCUAUACUCCUGUAAUGAUGGCAUUUUUGUGCAAUUAUUUCUCAUAAAUCAAAUCAGUUACAAAUCCGUUGUACAAUCAUGGAUUUUUAAUGUAUACAUACAUACAAUCACAUAUUUUAUCCAAUCAUAUUUAUAAUUGAAUAUGUUUAAUUGAUGAGUUUACAGUUAAUGUAUGUUUUGGUUAAAUCAGAACAUUUUAAUGUGUUUAUAUUUUAGUGUCAAGUACUACAGCCAAUGUUUUUGUAAGGAAAGUUUUAAAACUAUAUUGGUAAGUAUUAGGAUCAUAGAUUUUUAAAAGUUUUUAAAUUUUUGUGAAUGGACAGGUCAAAAAUUGUUUUUUAUUUUCAAAAUACAUAUAGUAUGUCUCUUAUUUGGCUUCUAUUUGUAUUGUAUUGACAGUUUCAGUUUUCGUUUUCUGUUAUUAAGAUGUCACUUAAAAGAUGCUAUGUUUACAUCACCUUUUAAUGUUUUAAACUGCUUGUUGUAGAAAAGUUUUAAUAUUGUCAGAAAUAUCAUGAUUCAACAAAGAGUAGACUUUUAUGAUAUAUGCAUCAGACUUUUGACUGUGAUUGGUCUGGUGGACUAUUUGUACAAACUUUACUCAGCUUUUAAUUCUUAGGUCACAUGGAAAUUUUAAAAUGAAAAAAAAAAAAAAAACAGAAAAUUUUCAAAACCAGUGCCAUUCUUAAAAUUGUUUGUUUGCCCAUGUCAGUCGAUCUACCUCUUUCA